CGAAGCCAGUCGCCGUUACCACCGACAACUUUCCAUCAUUCGUCGCAUCUCAGUCUUCGGAUCCUAUUACACAUCAAUCCAGGUCAAAUCCCUUCACGCGUCGGAUCCCCUCUUGAUAGAAAUCAAGUUAUGUGCCGCACAACGAAAUGACUCGGCUCCGCGGACCUUCCGUGGGUUCCUACGAGAGCUCUCGUGGUGGCAUUGACAGAUCUCAGUGUCAUCGGUCCAAACUCCCGCUGAAUUCCCCUGACAUUAUCUCCCAGAAUACUGUCGAUGUUUCGGAUCCUGCGCAGGUCUUAUUGUGGUAUCGUGAUGAACGUCGACGGCAGUUUAAUCUCUUGGUUAGAAGAUAUAAGAACCAACUUCUCUACGGAUGCCAAGAUCCCGGUUGCCAAACCCCAACCUGUGCCAGCUAUCGGAAGAGGGUGACAGAAGGGCCGUAUCGUCGUUACACUGAGCUAAGCGCCCGGACGCUGGCUUGUUACCUGGCGAGCUUAGACGAUGCGGAAAGUGGCCUUUGCCGCAACGCCUCUCGAGUACCGUCCGAACUUGCUUCCAAUGAUCAACAACGCCGGUCGAAACGUCGCAGCCGUGCUCCUUCCACUCCAGACCCAGACCUGUCACGGAACCGUUUAGAUCCCGCCGCAACAGCUCCGAGUUCUACUGGGGGCGAGCUGUCAAGCGAAUCCUUGGUGAAUGAGAACAAGGGUUCUCCUCAGUUUGGAGGCGAUGCUGUUCAAAGCUCAUUGGUAACCCAGGGGUCAUUAGGGCAGGCAGCGCCUUUGUCUGAGCCGAAGAGCACUGUUAAUCAGCGAUUGAAGGACCCUAAGUCGUUUACUCAAAACCUGUUUGAUACUCUCUCGCUGAGGAUGAUUGAAUGGUUGCCUCUUCGCCGCUCUCCUACCGCAUUUGACCACGAACAGGAGCGCGCGUUCCGUCGCCCUAGUUCUCGUGCGCCAAACCCAGAAACAUGCCAGGCACACCUCGACUCGGAUAAGGACCAGCCCCAGCAAAGUCGCCAUCGCCCAUACCGCCCUGACGGUGCAAACCCCCACACACCGUCAUCGCGCCAUACAGGGAGUCAAACAACUGCGGUAGAAUUGAGGCUUCCCAAUCAACAGAUCAAGCGCCUAUCUCUCACGGAAGCGGAGCUCCGGCGCCCUAGUCCGAGAUCAAGUUUGGAUGAGAAAUCGCAUCCAGAGCUUAAACCAGCAAGGAAACUUUCGGUCAGUGCCCAUUCUAACGCUACUCCCGAUGGGCUUGUCAAUAUACCCUCGCCACCCGCGUUGAAGCAUCGUGCCCAGAAGCAUCGCGGCAGAGCGGCCGGUGCCGAUGGAGGCCGCUUACAUGAUAAGCCCAAGAAGGAGAGGCGAGUUUCUUGGGACGGUGCCAAAUUCCUGAAUGACGUUCAAACUUGCUACCAUGAUUCUACUCCUGGAGCAGGGGAACAACCACCGUCUGAGGUUCAAUCAUCUGAUGACAACCGUGUAGAACUUCAUGGCCAACACCAUAUGCGCGAUACCACAUCCAUUCAAUCACUCACACAUCUCAGUACUGAAAUAGUUGACGGGCUGAAACAGAUGCUAGUUCUGUCAGAUGAUGAAGCACAAAGAUGGACGGACGAACUGGCUCACAUGGAAUUCAGUGGCAGCUUUGAGGACACUGAGUGGCGAUACGCCACAUUCCGACAACGAGCAGUUUUUAGAUUUAUCACGCAAAGUGUUUUCUAUGCUCUAGGAAACGCUCGACAACUCCUUUACUCGUUUCGGGACAGUGGUAUUCCCCCAAACGAAUCCAAGUCGAGUAGAGCUACUCCUAAACUCAACCUCGAACACCUAUACCCCUCAUUGCGCAAACUGUUCUCCAUCUGCCCGAGGGAUAUCAUUUUUCAUAGCCUGUGGAAUGCCUUGGAGACGUUGUUUGUACCUCCGAGGGAACUAUCGUCGUCUGGAAGAGGCUCUAGGCGUUCAUCCUGCCAUUCCAACUCUGCCAUGCCAAUGUCGGGCCCUAUAAUUGUCCGCCGUGGAUCGGAUUCGCCCCAUCACCAAUACGUUUCAGAUGCAAAUGCAGCAGAUGUUGCUACUGUGGCACUUUUUGCCUUGGCUUGCUCCCUUCCUGAAAUAGAUGCCUCUACCUGGCGUGGUAUGAUUCGCAUGCGGUCCGCUGGGGCUGUGGCUACCAGCGCGGAUAUGGAGAAGUUUUCUGUGAAAGAUGCCCAGAUAGUUAUUGAAGCUACUGAUAUCUUAGAACACGAGCUGGCUCUUCGGCUGGCUGACCGUCUCGUGCGUGCUCUCACUGCACGAUUGGCCUUCCACGAGAUCUCAAAAGCUCGCCGUGGAUACGUUCAAGAGUCGUCGAAGCGUAAAAGCAGCAUUUUGGACCUUAUUGUUGACAGUCUUAGCCAGCAAUAUGAGCUCACAACUGGGAAUUUAAAUAAUGAGGAGCAAGAUUUGCGUUCACCAAGCGUUCCCGCAAUCAUCACUGAGUGGCUUCGUACCCUUCUAAUGAAGGCCUGGGAUGGAAACCCGGAAAUGUCCAAAAGUAGUUCCGAGGGAGGUGUUGUGCAGAUACUGUCCGCCCUUUAUAAAGAUCGAAGUCGGCUUGGCCUGACGGCGGAAGACUUCCACACCCCGUUCCUUUCGGAGAGACUGGAGCCAUUGGAGAUGCCGGUGCAAUGGAUGGCACGAGUUCCCAGCAAUAAGACUCUGCAUCUCUUAUCUCACUCGUUCCUCUUUCCGCCUUCUGCUUUGGUUAUAUACUUUCGUGCGCUGAAUUAUUCUGCUAUGUCUAAGUACUAUGAAGCAGCUAUGACCACUACGCGACAUGUGACACAGACUGCCUUCGGGGCGAUAGAGAUUCAAGAUGAUGUUGGACUACUUGCUCGAAUGAAAACUUCGAUGAGUACUUAUCUAGUGCUCAUUGUCCGACGUGACAACAUUCUCACUGACGCCCUAAAUCAGCUCUGGCGUCGCGAAAGGCGAGAACUUAUGCGUCCGUUGAAGGUGCAGAUGGGUAUGGAUGAGGGGGAAGAAGGCCUUGAUCAUGGUGGUGUUCAACAGGAAUUUUUUAGGGUGCUUAUGGCUGAGGCUCUUGAUCCGUCCUAUGGAAUGUUCACAAUGGACAGCCGAACCCGUAUCUCCUGGUUCCAACCUGGCUCACUAGAGCCACUUUACAAGUUUGAGCUUCUUGGCCUGUUGAUGUCCCUGGCAGUCUAUAAUGGCCUCACUCUCCCCGUGAACUUUCCGACAGCCUUCUACCGCAAACUUCUCGGUCUCAAGGUGAAGCACUUGGAUCACAUCCGGGAUGGCUGGCCGGAGCUUACCAAGGGCCUAGACGAGCUUCUGUCCUGGGAUGAAGGCGACGUCGGUGAUAUCUUUAUGAGAACAUACGAGUUCAGUUUCGAGGUAUUUGGCAAGGUUGAGACGGUUGAUAUGCAGAAAGUCAGUAAAGAUGCUCCCUGGCCUCUCCCAUAUUCCCAGUCAGGGGGCACCCAAUUUCGCUACUCGCCGCCCCCUUGGUCAGAGGUCUGCCGUUAUACAGACCAGGCGAAUCUUAGUCCCCCGUCAUCCACGGUGGCCGCGACGACCGAUUCACGAGGAGAGGCCCCCAAGUCGAUUGCUAGCUCUGUGGUUUUGCAAUCACCAACACCACCGUCCGAUGAAGCUGCUUUGGUAACCAACGAGAAUCGGGGGAAAUUUGUCAACGACUACGUCUUCUGGUUGACGAACAAGUCGAUCCAAGCACAGUUUGAGGCAUUUGCGCAGGGGUUUUACACGUGCCUCGACCGGCCGGCGUUGUCUAUAUUCACCCCAGAAGCGUUGAAGACCGUAGUGGAGGGGAUCCAGGAGAUUGAUAUAGCGGAGCUAGAACACCAUGCACGAUAUGAGGGUGGGUUUGGGCCAAGUCAUCGGGUGAUUCGAGACUUUUGGAGCGUCGCUCGCGAGUUUCCCGCAGAGAAACGGGCACAGCUUUUGGAAUUUGUCACGGCUAGUGAUCGGGUUCCGGUUAAUGGGAUUGCGAGCAUCAUGUUUGUGAUUCAGAAGAACGGUGUUGGUGAUACUCGCCUUCCCACGAGCCUGACGUGUUUCGGGCGCCUACUUCUACCCGAAUACUCGUCGAAGAGCGUGCUGGAGGAAAAGCUGAACAAAGCGCUCGAGAAUGCGCGGGGAUUUGGGGUUGCGUGAAAAUGGGCGGACUUUUCGGGCUGCUGGAGAGGCAUUAAUUAUUCUUAUCAGGAACCGGACUAUAAGUUCUUGAGUUUUUGUAUAUACAUUCCCCGUCUCUCCCCUUUGAUGUCAAUAAUUGGGAGGUAUUAUUUUGGCUUGGACAGCGACCUUCGUACAGCAAGUCUAUAUAAAAAAGCCUCUCGUCAACUUUGCCCUUGACCAGUACUAUACACGAGCAAAAAUG